AUGGGCCAGAGGCAUAACAGACGUCGCACUCGUCGUUCCAGCAACCGCAACAAGAUAUCUUCCACAUCAUCAAUCCAGACCCCUCAGCGCAGCUUUUGUGAGCCUGUCUGCUUUGACAGCUCUCCUACCGCAUGCAGUUCACGUGGAUCUCCGGCAGUGACCCUCGCCCCAUCAUGGCACUAUGGGUACACAGCCUGGCAGACCCGUGAGCGAUCUCUGCGAAUGGAAUCAGACGGGCUAGAGGAGUGUUGUCGUCUGUGUGGCGGAGAGCCAGGCGAUGACCCGAGUCUCUGUUACCGGAUGCUUGAGUAUUUUGCUGGACUCGACUACAUUGAAUCAACAAGUGGUCAUACCCUUGGAGAUUGA